CGCUCGUGGCUCCUCCCGCCUGUCAGCGCGCAGUGAGUCUGCAGCAGCCGCCGCGGUAACAUCGUGCGCUCCUCCCCCGGCACCAUGCCCGGCGGCCUCCCACCCUGAGCAGCCCCGCAGCAUCGCUCCACCGUCCUGUCGUCCCCCAGCGGCUAUGGAAGGGGGAGCCGGCUCUGGCUCUAACCCCGGCGGGCAGGAGUCGCCGAAUCGGGCAGUGGAGUAUCUCCUGGAACUCAACAACAUCAUCGAGAGCCAACAGAAACUGCUGGAGACCCAGCGGCGCCGCAUUGAGGAGCUGGAGGUGCAGUUGGACCGGGUCAGCCAGGAGAACCGGGAGCUUCGCGAGCAGCAGCAGUCGGUCCGGCUGGAGAGGGAGCAGCACCGAUCAGAGUACCGGGGGGAGUCAGGCGGGGGAGGAUGCGGCACCUACGGGCAUCACCAUCACCACCGCGGGGGCGGCGACAAUCCGCAGGGAUACCACGGGCAACCGCACCAACAUCACCGGCUCCCACACAGGGGCCCCACCCGCAGCUCCAGCCCCGGCGGAGGGCACAGCGCUAACAACAGUCCGGCCACCACCCUACAGAGAAAGUCUGACGGUGAGAAUUCCAGGACAAUGAGCGUUGAAGGUGGAGACUCCCUGGGCAGCGAGUCUGGAACCAUCGUGGACAGCCCUGGCCAGCAACCUCCAUACCGUGGAGAGGUGAAAAUCGACCACUACGAUCUGCCCUCUCCCACCCGCCAUACCUCGCACCCGGGGCUCCAGUGGAGUCAAAGGGCCCGGUUGCAACCGGCAAGUGUGGCACUGCGCAAGCAGGAGGAAGAGGAAAACAAGAGAUCAAAAGCUUUGUCUGAUAGUUAUGAGCUGUCUACAGACCUGCAGGAUAAAAAGGUGGAAAUGCUGGAGAGGAAGUAUGGCGGUUAUUUCCUUAGCCGGCGUGCCGCUCGAACCAUUCAGACAGCUUUCCGACAAUAUCGCAUGAACAAGAACUUUGAACGCCUGCGCAGCUCUGCUUCGGAGAGCCGCAUGUCUCGCCGGAUCAUCCUAUCCAACAUGCGCAUGCAGUACUCCUUCGAGGAGUACGACAAGAGCCAUAACACUCCGUACUUCCAAGGGAAGCCCGUGUCGCUGGAUGAGGGGGUAGCAACGUGCCAUGUCCAGGGGGAACGGGGUCUCCAGUAUGGGGAAUCGUGCAGCGGAAUGGACGGAGAUUCCAUCAAUACCUCUGGAGAAUUCUGCAAUGAGAUCACUGAACUGGAAGACUCCUUUUCCAAACAGGUGAAAUGUCUCGCUGAAUCCAUAGAUGACGCCUUAAGCUGCCGCUCGAUGCACUGCUCGGACCCCCGGGAUGACAAAGGCUGCCUGGAAAAAGGGGAAAGCAGGGAUCAGCAUGGAGACAGCACAGCUACUUCCUUUAGUGAUGUUACACUUUACAUGGACGAGGGUGUCCCUGUGUCCCCUAUUUCUUUGGACCGGCCCCCCAGCUCUGACCAGGACACCCCUCAGGGAACCAGCUCCAGGCAGGAGUACUGGGCCACGUCCUCCUCCAGGGAAGACAGCAGGGAGAAUGGCAGCCGUCGGAGCACGCCCUGCAUGGAGUGUCGAGACUUUCGCAUGCGGGGGGCGCACCUUCCCUUGCUCACUAUUGAGCCCCCUAGUGACAGUUCUGUGGAUCUGAGUGACCGCUCAGACCGAGGGUCUCUUAAUAGGCAAGUUGUUUAUGAGCAGGAAAACUGCAGCCCUCAUGGGACCCUAAAGCAAGCACCUCACAAAGGGCCCAUCCGCUCUCCAAAUCCUCACCGCCACUACCACCCGGAACCUCCACCUCCUCCAACGGACAAUGUAGGAGGAAACAAUGGCACCCCUGGCGGAGUGGGUGGGGGUGGCAUGGGAGGGGUGCGACAUAUGCCUCACGGGAAACCAGAACUUGGGGAAAAUUCUGAUGGUGAUAACGAAAGCCUAAACAGCACCACCAACUCCAAUGAGACCAUUAACUGCAGCUCAGGCUCCUCCUCCCACGACAGCCUGCGGGAACCCACCAACACCCUCUGCAAACAGACGUACCAAAGGGAGACUCGGCACAGCUGGGACUCCCCCGCGUUCAACAACGACGUGGUACAGAGGAGGCAAUAUCGCAUCGGACUCAACCUCUUUAACAAGAAGCCAGAGAAGGGGAUCCAGUACCUAAUUGAGAGGGGCUUUCUCUCUGAUACCCCCGUCGGGGUGGCGCAUUUCAUUCUGGAGCGGAAAGGCCUGAGCCGGCAGAUGAUUGGCGAAUUUCUAGGAAACCGGCAAAAGCAGUUCAACCGGGAUGUCUUAGACUGUGUGGUGGACGAGAUGGAUUUCUCCAACAUGGACUUAGAUGAAGCGUUGCGGAAAUUCCAGGCACAUAUCCGAGUCCAGGGGGAGGCCCAGAAAGUGGAGAGGCUCAUCGAAGCUUUCAGUCAGCGUUACUGUGUGUGUAACUCCGUGCUGGUGCGGCAGUUUCGCAACCCGGACACGAUCUUCAUCCUGGCAUUCGCCAUCAUCCUGCUGAACACGGACAUGUACAGCCCUAAUGUAAAACCUGAACGCAAGAUGAAACUGGACGACUUCAUAAAAAAUCUGCGAGGGGUGGAUAAUGGAGAGGACAUUCCCCGGGACCUCUUGGUUGGGAUCUACCAAAGGAUUCAGGGUCGGGAGCUGAGGACAAAUGAUGACCACGUUUCUCAAGUGCAGGCAGUGGAGAGGAUGAUCGUAGGAAAGAAGCCGGUUCUGUCACUUCCACAUCGACGUCUCGUCUGCUGCUGUCAACUCUACGAAGUUCCUGACCCAAACCGCCCACAGAGGAUGGGUCUGCACCAGCGUGAGGUCUUCCUCUUCAAUGACUUGUUGGUGGUAACGAAGAUUUUCCAGAAGAAGAAAAUUCUGGUGACCUAUAGCUUCCGGCAGUCCUUCCCACUGGUGGACAUGCAAAUGCAGCUCUUCCAGAAUUCCUAUUACCAGAACGGCAUUAAACUGCUCUCAGCUGUCCCUGGUGGGGAGAGGAAAGUGCUUAUAAUAUUCAAUGCCCCCAGUUUGCAAGAUCGCCUGCGGUUUACCAGUGACUUGCGGGAGUCUAUUGCCGAAGUGCAGGAGAUGGAGAAAUACAGAGUGGAGUCUGAGUUGGAGAAACAAAAAGGAGUAAUGCGACCCAGCACAUCUCCCGGUCCAGGGAUGAAGGAAGCUGUGAAUGGGACUUUGGGACGGCCCAGCCUGGAUGAUACUUAUGCACUAGGGGAAGGGCUAAAGCGAAGUGCACUGAGCAGUUCUCUAAGAGACCUCUCUGAGGCUGGUAAGAGAGGGAGGCGGAACAGCGCUGGAUCAUUGGACAGUACCAUUGAAGGAUCUAUCAUUAGCAGCCCUCGCCCUCACCAGCGGAUUCCACCUCCUCCACCAGCCCCUCCAGAGGAAUACAAAUCUCCCAGACCGGUCUCCAAUUCUUCUUCUUUCCUGGGAUCUCUGUUUGGAAGCAAGCGAGGGAAGGGCCCCUUCCAGAACAUGCCCCCUUCCUCCUUGCCCCCUCACCCACACACUCCUCCGGGAAUGACUGAAGGACAAUCCAAAAUCCAGGCUUUGCAUGCCCAGUACUUCCACAAUCAGGGUGUUUUGGCUCAAGCUCCACCACCUUACCACUCUCAGCCGCCCACAACUGCUCCGCCCCCUCAACCGCACCAACCGCCCCCUCCACCUUCCCAUCGCUACCAUGUGCCACCUGCUUCCGCACAGUUUACAUUGCAGCGCCAGGGCCAGCAAAAGAGACAACCUCCGGUGGGUGGGACACCUAUGACGCCCAGCUCUCCCCAUCCGCAAUACACCCUACAUGGCAGGCACCCAACUAACCAGCCUCAGUCGCCUUUACCCAUGUACGGUGCAGUGCCUCAGCAUGCCAUGAGUCACACUUACCCCCAGCACAUGCACCAGACCCAACACACGAUGCAGAAACAGCCCCCAAAGCAUUUUGUGUUUAGCCAUCACCCUUCUGCCAUGCCUUCCCAACCUCAACGGCCCUCCCAGUACAAUCAACCACACAACCAGUCCCCAUGUUCCCCUAUCUCACCCAUCCCUCCUCACCCAUCAUAUCCUCCACUGCCCCCUCCAUCUCCCCACACACCACACACACCACACACCCCCCUCACCCCGCAUUCACCCCUGCCCCCAACGUCCCCAUUGCCCCAGCAUGCUUCUCAUCACCCUAUGGGUUCUAAUACAGCGCCUGGCAACCCCAAACAGAAACCAGUCAACAGAAUUAGCACAGUGGUGUGAUAACCAGGUAUCCCCCAGGCACUCAGGGGCAGGCGCAUGUACUGAGAGAGCAAGUCACUGGGCAUGCUCAUGCAGCAGAUAAGGGUCCCUGCUGUUUUCAAUCUGUGGCCGCAUCCGCUCACUUCCACCGCUUACUGGGACAGAACCUUAGCGGGCAGUUGCACCACUCGGACAUUGCUCUCAGAAGACCAAAUGUGGCAUUUGUACUUGUAGGCGCACUGCAUACCUUGUCUAAUCUGCAUGGGAACCUUCUCAAAGCAACAUGCAUGGGAUGACAAGGUCAAUAAGCUCCUCCCAUCCGGCAAGGGCAUGAGAAUGCUCACCCGUGGCUCAUGAACAGUGGUAUCACCAGGGCAGUUUGUGGCGCGUUGGGAGGGGGGGGCUGUUGUAAAGGUGAUUGUUAUUUUUUCAUAUUUUUUUCCAGUAGGUCCUUUUCCCUUAUUGACAUGUGUGGGUGUGUAUGUGUAGAGUGUAAGCUGGCGUGGCGUGACGGAAGCUCCACUUUUCUGCUGCUAUGAAGGCAUGCAAGAGGGUGCAGGACACAUUGGCGUGGUACAGAACACGCAUAAAAACCUUAGGAACUCCUCAUGGGUAGGACGCGGUAGGUCCGUCCCCUUAUUUGCCUCACUUGUGGGCUGUGUAAUUUAUGUUUAUAAAGGACUUCAUUUAAAGGUAUCUGGUUUUCCCCAUAUAUACUGUAUGUGUGUGUGUUAGGCCCAGGACACAAACCACUGACUCACACAAUGGAAUUGCAAAUACAUGUAUAUAGUAAUCAAGCUGUCCAAUGGACACGGCACUCGCUCUGCCCUGCCGCCAAGCACAAACGGAGCCAAUGCUGCUUUCUUUACAGAACUAUAUACAGAAUGCUAUAUAAAUAUCUAUAUAUAUAUAUGUAUAAAUACAUAUAAAGAGAUCUAUAUUAAUAUAUAUAUAUUUAAAAUGUAUAAGCCCUGUGUGAGACAGGAAUUUAUUAUAUGUAGAUCAAGAGAAGAAGAUAUAUUGCACCGUAAGUGCGUAAUGUUCACUCCGUAACUAGAUUGCCUCUUGACCUGGACAAUAACCGUGUGUAUCAGAUUCUAGACAAUGGCUGUCCUCAAAUGGGUGCUGCCUCUGAACCUUCCCAUUUAAAUGUGACCAUCCUAGGGCUCUGUAACACCAGCUUUUUCUGCUUGACUUCAUAUAUAUAUAUAUAUCGACAAAUGUAGACACUCCGUAUUAUUAAAGGGGUGGUUCACCUCGAAGUUAACUUUUAGUAUGUUAUAGAAUGGCCUAUUCCUAGCAACUUUGCAAUUGGUCUUCAUUAUUUGAUCUCUAUAAUUUUUGAACAAUCUUUUUCCAGCUUUCAAAUGGGGGUCAUUGGCCCCAGCAGCCAAAAACAUUUGGUAGUGUAGCUGUGAACAAUUGAAUUCACUUCUACAAAAUAUAAUUUAGUUUACAAAAUAACAGCAGUCCUGUCUUGUUUUAUGGCAGGGAUGCUAGAUAUAUACUCAGGAUGAGAGCACAAGUCUCAUAAUGCAGGAUCACUUACCCUUUCACU